AGAAUAAAAUAAUAAGCUGAUAGAAAACAUAUAACAAGUAUUUUCAAACCGGUCACCGAAAGAUGCUUGGGGGACCUGGAAACGACUGACUAACUAACUCGCAGUGAAACUUCUCCACCUGCUGGUAGCAGUAUGCCUUUUCUAGUGUAUGUGUUGUCGCAUGCAUCAUGACGUAUUCCGUUCCACAUGUGUCUGUCGUGUAUGGCAUGGCGAAACACUGUUGGAUGAACUUGUAAUGGUGUGAAACGUAGUGAAGGAUUAGCACCGUCACUAUUUCUAUUUAUCCUACGACAAAGACGACUGACUGCAGCUGGACCAGGUUUACAGUUCUGGAAUUGACAGUGUAGGGUCUGAGUAGUUUUCGCCGGCUAGCUAUACUAAGUAACUACCAGAAGCUGUUUUACUCUUGUGAAUACCAGCAAAUAUCCGUUAACAGGAUGUUAACCUAUCCAGCGGUUCGUCGUGUAUGAAGUUGCUUGUGCGUUUUCAUGUUGACUUAAUUUUGCUAGCUGGAUUGCACGCAUUGUUUAUAUUAUGAAACUAGUGUUGGAACAAAAGAGUGACCUUGUAGCAAGAUGUUGAGAGAGGUAGGUACUUCUCAAGAGAGACACGUACCUUACCAACUAAAUACAACUUAACCAACCAAAGUAAUCAUAUUUAAACUACCUGGCCAAAAUACUGUACACGUUUGUCUUCGCAUGAUAAUGUUCUAGAAAACCCGGCUGCAUCGCCUGUUGCCAUAAGUGCUUGCCUGCUGACGAGGGCGGGAUUAUGGGACGGACCUGCUGGCGGUUGUUACAGGUCUGGAUAAACACCAGAGGACAGCACUGCUACAGCAAACAGCCUCUCGGCAGAGGAAUCCUCCCUCAGACGCUGUGUUUAAGGAACAUUGGGAGUGGGGGUCAGGAUGACAGCGAUGGUAGAAAUGGCAGCUACAGCCCAGAGUCCCCGCAACCCAGCCUAGAGCAGCUGCGCACAAGACGGCAGCCGUUUGGGAGGCUGGGUGGGAGAGGGCGCCCUCUAUCGCCACUGGAGAGAAUCAGCCGUCUGCUACCCCAGGAUACCCUCAGCCAGGAGGUGUGGGAGCUGAGAGAGGGGAAAGAGGAGGAUGAAGUGGAGGGGACACAGGGGGGUACGGGCCAGGGUGAGGGGGCUGCCGGUGCCUCAGAAGGAGAAACCCCACAAGUUCUGGGGGACAGAAUUACAGACGCACAGCAGCAGGAAAAACGACUGGGUGAAAGGCAGGAGGAGGAGAGGCAUGCUGCUGAGGAAGAGGUAGAGGUCUCAGGGAUUGGUCAGGAGGAAAAGCCUGACCCGGCUGGAGGUGAUCCCGCCCCUGCUCUGCCAGGGGAGCGCCCCCUCAUUUUCGGGGAGAUCGCCCUGGCCGAGUAUCGCAAGAAGGGCCGGUUGGAGUUCCAGAAAAUGUUUCCGCUCCAGGAAGGGGGGCUCCUGAACAGCACCUGGGGGCUGGUCCCCCACAGCACCAUGGUGGGGCGUCCCGCAGGCUCCACCUACCUCAGCUCCACCGGGUCGCCCUUCCUCGUCCGACGGCCCAACCUGGAGGAGUACGUGCUGUUUAUGAAGAGAGGGCCCACCAUCGCCUAUCCCAAGGACGCCAGUGCGAUGCUGAUGAUGAUGGACGUCACCGAGGGGGACUGCGUGCUGGAGUCGGGCUCUGGUUCCGGGGCCAUGUCUCUGUUCCUGUCCCGUGCGGUUGGCACACGUGGCAGCGUGUUGAGUGUGGAGGUGAGGGAGGACCAUCACCGGAGGGCGGUGGCUAACUACCACCGCUGGCGUACGGCGUGGCGGUUGCGUCGCGGGGAGGAGUGGCCUGACAACGUCCGGUUCCACAACACCGACCUCCGAACGGCAACGCAUCUCCUCGCCGGCCAAGGAUUCCACUCUAUCGCUCUGGACAUGCUGAACCCACACCUGGUCCUGCCUGUGGUGUUUCCACACCUGCACAACGGGGCCGUGUGUGCCGUCUACCUGGCCAAUGUGACGCAGGUGAUCGAUCUGCUGGAGGGCAUCCGAUUCGCCGGCCUGCCUCUGAUGUGCGAGCGCGUGCUGGAGGUGCAGCUCAGGGAUUGGCUGCUGGCCCCGGCCGUCCAGAGAAGGGACGGGAAGCACGUCACCCGAAUCGCGCCCUCGCACGGAAACCAGGAGGAAGAGGAGGCUCGGCCGGACGAAGAGCGAGGUGCCGAGGAGUCCAGAACCAAUGAGAUCCGGCCGUUUGGGGCUCUCCCGUACAUCGCCCGCCCCCACCCCGAACAGGGCAGCCACACAGCCUUCUUGGUGAAACUGCGGAAGGUCUUGCCCCCAUAACUUCUGCUUCAAUAGCCUCGCACCGCACGCCUCCAGGGGGUAACAGAAGACCUUCAUCUGAAGAUACCGCUUCGUACUUUUCUUAAUAAAUGCCCAUUUAAUCAGUG